GUGACGAGGCGGCGGGGUCUCGGCGCCCCUCAGCCCCGGCGAUGCGCUGAGAUGGCGCAGCCCGGCCUGGCCUUCGGGCAGGCCGUCAUCGGGCCGCCGGGCUCGGGCAAGACCACGUACUGCGGGGCCAUGCGGGAGCUGCUGGCCGCCCUGGGCCGCGCGGUGGCCGUGGUGAACCUGGACCCGGCCAACGACGCGCUGCCCUACCCCUGCGCCGCCGACAUCGGGGAGCUGGUGACGCUGCGCGACGUGAUGGAGCACCUGAAGCUGGGCCCCAACGGCGGGCUCCUCUACUGCAUGGAGUACCUGGAGGCCAACGCGGACUGGCUGCGGGACAGGCUGGCCCCGCUGCGGGGCCGCUACGUGCUGUUCGACUGCCCCGGGCAGGUGGAGCUGUACACCCACCACGCCGCGCUGAGGAACGUCUUCGGCCGGCUGGCCGCCUGGGGCUUCAGGCUGGCUGCAGUUCAUUUGGUGGAUUCUCAUUACUGCACGGAUCCUGGCAAGUUCAUCUCUGUUCUUUGCACCUCUCUUUCCACUAUGUUGCAUGUGGAAUUGCCUCAUGUUAACAUCCUUUCAAAGAUGGACCUGAUAGAGCAGUACGGCAAACUUGCCUUCAACCUGGAUUACUACACUGAGGUGCUGGACCUCUCUUACCUCGUAGACCAUUUAGCUUCUGAUCCCUUCUUCAAGAACUAUCGUCGCCUCAAUGAGAAGUUGGUGGAGGUGAUUGAGGACUACAGCCUGGUCUCCUUUGUUCCGCUCAACGUCCAGGAUAAGGCAAGUAUGCGACGGGUUAUGCAGGCAGUGGACAAAGCCAAUGGCUACUCCUUUGGAGACUCGGAGCAUAGAAGCCUUGAAGCCCUGAUGUCUGCCGCAGUGGGAGCCGAUUUCCACUUCACGUCCACUCUUGCUGUGCAGGAGAAGUAUGUGCAGCCUCAAAAGAAAACUGUGGAAGAAGAAGCAAUGGCAAUAUAAUGCUCUUGCAUCCGUUCUGUAGCUUAUGGGAAGGGAGCUUCUCCCACAUUGUAACACAUCUCCCAUUUUCCCAUCAAGAGCAGGUGAAGCCCUCUGUAUGGUUGACACAGACCUGGUAGCUGCUGAGUAGUAAUUUGGCUCUUCAGCUUCCUCGUCACAAAGGUGCAGCACAAGCUGGGCAGUUUUUUGAAUGUACGGUGAGACCAGGAGCCUCCGCAGCUUCAGGACAAGACCAACUUUAAGAUCUUCUUUCAGGAGCAGGAGACUUUUAGGCCAAUGUGGGCCUUUGCUGGGUGAAGGAGAGAAGAGACCUAGGAGAACACAGAUGUGGAAAGUCUCCUCUGUCACACCAGGAACAAGUCCAGAUAGGAGGAUUUGCUGCAGCAAAUGGAGCUGCUGCUUGUGACACGGCUUCACUGUUUGCCGAACAGGUCACCUGGGUUCUUGCAGGGUGGGAGUGCUGCUGUCUCUGUUCAUCCCUGCUUGCACAGGGCAGAGAGCUUUAUUUAUGGUCAACUCUUUAAUAAAAGCACUUCCCUGCC